AUGGCUCACUCACUUCGUCCACAGUAUCUGCGCGCGCCGGCUUCGGCAGACUCUAUUGGUAGUAUUGCUCAGGCAACGAUUAGCGAUCGAGACUCUGCGUCACUGAGCCUCAGCCAGGAGAAAGCUGAAUACACGCAAGACCCGUUUGCAACGCCAAUGGAGUCACAGCUCCCCUCGCGAAUGGGCUCAGCAUUAGACCUUCGAAAGCCCAAGCAGCCCAACGAGUACUUUAGAUCACGACGAGUGAAGAAGGGCAACGUUGAGAAGCCAUGGAUGGAUCACAAAGAUCCCAAGGAGAAAUGGGUGACCAUAAUACCACUAAUCGGAAUGCUAGUUGGCCUUGCCAUAUCCGCGUUCUUCGUUUGGGAUGGGUUGCAGACAGUCGUCAAUCACUCCUAUUGCCCAGUGCUUGACGACUCAUUCGCUAACGGCCUGGAUCCCGCUAUCUGGACCCGUGAGGCAGAGGUUGGUGGCUUCGGUAAUGGCCAAUUCGAGCAAACAACCUCGACCGAAGAGAACGUGUUUGUUCAAGAUGGCAUGCUACACAUCAAGCCAACUUUGGAGGACGCGAAGCACAUCGAGACCGACUACAUCAUCGACCUUCGCAACGGUAGCGUGUGCACCUCGCCUGUAUGGUCGAACUGUCUCACAUCCACAAACACGACCAACGGCACGAUCGUCCCGCCAGUAAAGUCUGGUCGUCUCAACGCCAAGUCCAAGCCUAUCAAGUAUGGUCGUAUCGAAGCCACCGUCCGCCUACCUCAGGGCGACUGGCUGUGGCCGGCGAUCUGGAUGCUGCCUGUCAAUCGCAAGUACGGAGAAUGGCCCUCAUCCGGCGAGAUCGACAUCCUCGAGAGCCGGGGCAAUAACCAUACGUACCGCCAAGGUGGUAACGAUAUCAUGUCGUCUGCCCUACAUUGGGGUCCAAACCCAGCAAACGAUGCUUGGUGGCGUACCAACAACAAGCGCAACGCACUUCAUACAACGUUCAGCAAGAACUUCCACACCUUCGGCCUCGAGUGGUCUGAGAAAUACAUCUUCACCUACAUCGACUCUCGUCUCCUGCAGGUCAUGUACGUCAACUUCGAUCCGGACACGCAUCUUUGGGACCGCGGCAAGUUUCCGAAGACAGAUGCGGUAAAUGGUACUUUACUGCUUGACCCUUGGAGCGGGCCGAACACUGUCCCUUCUACGCCGUUCGACCAGGACUUCUAUCUGAUCCUGAACGUCGCAGUAGGAGGCACAAACGGUUGGUUUGAGGACGGUAAGAGUGGGAAGCCAUGGGUUGACAGCAGUAAGCGUGCGAAGAAGGACUUCUGGGACGCGAGAGAGCAGUGGCUGCCUACUUGGGGCGAGAAUGGGAAAGAUGCGGAGAUGUUGGUGAAGAGUGUAAAGAUCUGGCAGCAAAAGGGGUAUAACAAUUGCUAA